GGGGGCGGGAGUUGUUGCCUGCAGCGUUUGCAGUGCACAAGAGUUUGCAACUUAAUAGCAACGCGGUUGCAAGUGUGCUUGAUUUUUAACAAGUCGCAGGCAAGCGCUGGCACUUUGUUAUAAUGGGUUUACUGACCAUCCUGCAGAAGAUGAAGCAGAAGGAGAAAGAAGUCCGGUUGCUGAUGCUUGGCUUGGAUAACGCCGGGAAAACCACCAUCCUGAAAAAAUUCAACGGAGAGGACAUCAGUACCAUCUCCCCGACCCUGGGGUUUAAUAUCAAGACACUGGAGCACAGGGGCUUCAAGCUCAACGUUUGGGACGUGGGUGGGCAGAAGUCCCUGCGCUCUUACUGGAGGAAUUACUUCGAGAGCACGGAUGGGCUCAUCUGGGUGGUGGACAGUGCAGACCGGCUGAGACUGGAGGACUGCAGGAGAGAACUGGGGGGGCUGCUGCUGGAGGAGCGUCUGUCCGGAGCUACUCUGCUGGUUUUUGCAAAUAAACAAGACCUGCCUGGCGCCCUGUCUAAAGACGCCAUCAGAGAGGCUCUGGACCUGGACAGUAUAAAGACUCAUCACUGGUGUAUUAUGGGCUGCAGCGCAGUGACGGGAGAGAACCUGCUGUCUGGAAUCGACUGGCUGCUUGACGAUAUCUCCUGCAGGAUAUUCACGGCUGACUGAGGAGCGCCGGGGAGCAGACUGGCUCUGCAGGGACGUGCGUGCGGAAAUAAACACACACACACACACACACACACAAACCUAGAUACACACAGGUACACACCUAGAUACACACAUGCCAGCAUAAGCACUCACACACGCGCUUACAAACAGGUACACACACACACAAACCUGGAUGCACACAGGCCAGCAUAAACACUCGCACACACGCUUACACACAGGUACACACACACACAAACCUGGAUGCACACAGGCCAGCAUAAACACUCGCACACACGCUUACACACAGGUACACACACAGGUCUAGAAAUACAUGCAUGCUCAAGUGUUAUUUGAAACAGAAUUUGAUUUACUUAAAAACUAGCGAGGAUCUGUUUCUAAGACAGUUUGUUUUGUUUUUUUAUUUUCCAGUGUUUAUAGUGAUUUUUGCAUUGACUCCCAAACACUGUGAAUCUCUCACCUUACAGCCCAGAGUCUGGAGAAUGAACUUCCACGCUGCAAUUACACAGAAACGCCGCUAGGUGUCUCUUUAAACCAGGAGAAAUACAUUUAAAAUACAGCCG